AUGGAAAUAGUCCAGUUGACAUUACGUAAUCAGACAUGUAGAUUGCAUCAGUUACGAACACGAUCAGAUAUUCAGUUAAUACGAACACGUUUAGGUAGUACAAACACAUGUAGUUUCCCUCAACCUUUUAGCUUUAUAUAUAUAACCAUAAAACGAAGACAGUUUCUCUUACUUACUCGAUCGAACCUCGCUAUUCCCUACAUUGGUGCCGUGACCAGGAUAGAGGAACUCACAAGAAUACAAGCAACGAGACGAGCUCACAAAGGACAUGUGACAAGAUUAGUAAAAAAAACCAGUGAAGUUUUAACGAACGAAAAGCCCGAUGAAAUGUUACUAAGCAGUUUAAAUACAUUUCUCGAACAAUUAGUAAGGAAAAGGGAUUUGAUAUGGGAAUUAGACCAGAAAAUCGAAGCGAAAUCUACAGACACAAAGGGCUUAGAAACGGAGAUAUUCGAAGCCGAAGAACUAAGCUGUGACCUGGAAGAAAAGAUCAACCACAUUCGUAAGUACAUUGAUUUAUCUAUUAGUGCUUUGAACAAUCCAUCUACUGUAUUUACACAAGAAAAUACUGGCUCAAGUUUACCAUCUGUUUCACAAAAUACAUGUACAGAACCGUCAUCUGCAGCAGCCGAUCGAUGUACAGUCUCCGACACAAGAUCAAUCAACCCCAGACCAUCCCCCCAUUACAAACUAACCCAUUGA